AUGAAGCCGGUGGCGCAGCCGCCGCUGCGGCUGCUGUGCGCGCUGGCGGCGGCGGCAGCUCUCUCCAUCCUGCUCAUCGCGCCGCCAGCGCUCGCCGCGCACCUCUCCUCCCUUCUCCUCGCAUUCCCGGCCUCGCCCUACGCGAGCAGCCCCAAGCUGGUGUUCCUCCUGGCCGGCCAGUCCAACAUCGACACCCACAAGGCUUGUGGCCUCGGCCUCGCCAUGCCCUUCGCGCACCGCCUCCUCCUCCACGCCUUCGCCGCCACCGACUCCGACUCUGACCUCGUCCUGGGCCUCGUGCCCUGCGCUGUGGGGGGCACUAGGAUCUAG